AUUCAAAAGAAACAUGUAUGUAGAGUACGUGGAACCAACUGCCACGAUUAGUCCAACAAAAGACCAGAUCUGGUUGGUUGGUGAUGUACAUAGUCGUGAUAUGAUUGGUCCACGUCAUCGUCGAUGACAUUUCUUCCGUGUUCCCCAUAAAAAAGCGACUACAUAACUUCACCAUCACCCUUCGUGGACUAGAAUCUCUAUAAAAGCUUCGUUCGACUUCUAACAAAGAUACUAACAAAUUAAAUACAAACAAAAAAAGAAGAGAGCGUGAGAUAUACACAAAUACUCAAGGAUUCUAUAUUAUGGCUCGCUCAUUCGGAGCGGUUGUGCUGGCGAUCAUUUUGUUUGGAUUUUUAUUUGCGUCGUUUUCCACUGCUAAAGAAGAAGAGGCCACCACCAAGUUGGGAACAGUGAUAGGGAUAGAUCUUGGUACCACCUACUCUUGCGUUGGGGUUUACAAGAAUGGUCAUGUUGAAAUCAUUGCCAAUGACCAAGGCAACCGUAUUACUCCUUCAUGGGUUGCUUUCACCGACUCCGAAAGGCUCAUUGGAUUAGGUAGCUUGUACUCUAAGCUAUUUCAUGCUUAUCUCAACAAGGCUGCUGUUAAUCCCGAGAGGACCAUCUUCGGCGUCAAGAGAUUGAUAGGCCGAAAAUUCGAGGACAAAGAAGUCCAAAAGGACAGGAAGCUUGUGCCUUACCAGAUUGUUAACAAGGAUGGCAAGCCCUACAUUCAAGUCAAGAUCAAGGAUGGUGAGACAAAGGUUUUCUCUCCCGAGGAGAUCAGUGCCAUGAUUCUCACUAAGAUGAAGGAGACUGCUGAAGCUUACCUUGGCAAGAAAAUAAAGGACGCCGUUGUCACUGUUCCAGCUUACUUCAACGAUGCCCAGAGGCAGGCUACAAAGGAUGCUGGUGUUAUAGCUGGUCUCAAUGUUGCCAGAAUCAUCAACGAACCCACUGCUGCUGCUAUUGCCUAUGGUCUUGAUAAGAAGGGUGGUGAGAAGAACAUCCUUGUCUUUGACCUUGGUGGUGGUACCUUCGAUGUCAGUGUCUUGACCAUUGAUAACGGCGUUUUCGAGGUUCUCUCCACAAAUGGUGACACUCACUUGGGAGGUGAAGACUUUGACCACAGGAUCAUGGAUUACUUCAUCAAGUUGAUCAAGAAGAAGCACCAAAAGGACAUCAGCAAGGACAACAAGGCUCUUGGUAAGCUCCGCAGGGAAUGUGAGAGGGCCAAGAGAGCUCUUAGUAGCCAGCACCAAGUCCGUGUAGAGAUCGAGUCACUCUUCGAUGGUGUUGAUUUCUCGGAGCCUCUCACCAGAGCUCGUUUCGAGGAGCUGAACAAUGACUUGUUCAGGAAGACAAUGGGACCCGUGAAGAAGGCCAUGGAUGAUGCUGGUCUACAGAAGAGUCAGAUCGAUGAGAUUGUCCUCGUUGGUGGAAGCACCAGGAUCCCCAAGGUCCAGCAGCUGUUGAAGGACUUCUUCGAAGGGAAAGAGCCGAACAAGGGUGUGAACCCUGACGAGGCUGUUGCUUAUGGUGCUGCUGUCCAGGGUGGUAUUUUGAGCGGAGAAGGCGGUGAUGAGACCAAAGAUAUACUUCUACUUGACGUUGCACCACUCACUUUGGGUAUUGAGACAGUUGGAGGAGUGAUGACAAAACUGAUCCCGAGAAACACAGUUAUUCCAACAAAGAAGUCUCAGGUUUUCACGACAUACCAAGACCAGCAGACAACCGUCUCCAUUCAGGUCUUUGAAGGUGAGCGAAGUCUCACUAAGGACUGCAGGCUCCUCGGGAAAUUCGACCUUACCGGAAUCCCACCGGCCCCAAGAGGAACACCUCAAAUUGAAGUAACGUUUGAAGUGGACGCGAACGGUAUCCUGAACGUGAAAGCAGAGGACAAGGCGAGUGGUAAAUCAGAGAAGAUCACAAUCACAAACGAGAAGGGACGUCUGAGCCAGGAAGAGAUAGACCGGAUGGUGAAGGAGGCAGAGGAGUUUGCAGAGGAAGACAAGAAGGUGAAGGAAAGGAUCGACGCCAGGAACAGCCUUGAGACAUACGUGUACAACAUGAAGAACCAAGUAAGCGACAAGGACAAGCUCGCUGAUAAACUGGAGGCCGAGGAGAAGGAGAAGAUAGAAGCAGCCACCAAAGAAGCUUUGGAGUGGCUUGACGAGAACCAAAACUCAGAGAAAGAAGAGUAUGACGAGAAGUUGAAGGAAGUAGAGGCAGUGUGUAACCCGAUCAUCACGGCCGUUUAUCAGAGGUCAGGUGGUGCACCAGGUGCAUCACCGAGCGAGGACGAGGAGGAUGAGUCUCACGACGAGCUCUAAGAUGUUGUAAUGCUCCUGUUUUAUAUUUGUUGAUUUGUUAAAAACCAUUAGAGAGACACAGCCUUUGGUUAAGUUUUGAGGAUAAAAAAAGACAACUCUUUCUUUAAUUAGUCUCUCUAAGAAGUUCUUCUCUUUGUCAUGUUCAUCUGAUACAUUUCUUCACGUUGAUACUUUUUUUUAUUGGUAGAAUAGAAGACCAGAAGCAAAACAAAAAAAAAUUGAUCACUUUUCAAAAAAAAAAAUGUAUUAUAGGAGUUUUGAAAAAGCUAUUAUCUUCAUUUGAGCUUGGCUUGUCCAAACCAAGACUAUUAUCUUCAUUUUAUACACUUGACUAAGGCAGUCUUUAACAAUUUCGUGGACCAAAUAUCUU